UGUGUUCCAAGGGCAAAGGACCCCCCACAUGCGUGCGUGGGGGAUUGGUUUCGGAGCGAUUUGUAAUAAAGACGCUUCUAGGGGUCUUGCAUGAAUGGUUGUUUUUGCGGAGUGGCUUGCUUCUACUUUUUGUUUAAUGGGAAAUGUGUGGUUUGGGUCCCCUGUAUUCCGUGCGGGCUUGAACUUUGGAAUCUUCUUGGUAUUCUGUUUCUGAAGAGCUGGGUGUCUUAGGGAGGGAGAAUAUGGGAGGGGUUGGCCUAAUUUGAUGCUGGUUGAGUGACUUCCUUUGAAGGGCAUGGGAUUAGAUUAAGGCCAUUUUCAGGAAGUGGGUACGUACUAAUAAUGGAGUGAAUUUAUAUUUUUUUAUUUGUUUUGGACUGGAUUUCUGAAAGGACUAGCUUCGUUCUAUUAAAUCUAGUGAUUUGAGGCAAUUUUGCUGGUAAAUUUAGGGUGAUUCUGCAAUUUUUGUGCUGUUUUUGGCAGGUAAAUCAGAGAAGAAACCACAUUGUGGUUCUAUUUUAAGGUUCUGAUAGAUUUGGCUUGAGAAUUUUGAGUUUUGAUGCUCAUGUUUUUUUCUGGUUUGUUUUGGUUUCUUAGUGUUUCUCAAGGGAAGAGAUCGGCCGGGUUUCAAUUCUGCUCGUAUGAUUGCUCUGUUUGAAGCUAAGCGUUUAUUGGGUCUGGUUUUCUGUGUGCUAUAGUGGCCGAGGAGGGUUUGGUUUCACAUUAGCUUGGCCCUUUUCUUGAAGUUUUGAAGUACUUUUCUUUUGUGAAAAUGGCUUCCGUGAAACUUGGUACCAAAACUGAUGCAUUCCAACGGCAUGGGCAGGCCUGGUUCUGCACGACUGGGCUCCCAAGUGAUAUUGUUGUUGAAGUUGGGGAGAUGUCGUUUCAUCUUCACAAGUUCCCUUUGCUCUCUAGAAGCGGGUUUAUGGAAAGAUUAAUUGCAGAAGCAUCCGAAGAAGGAGAAGAAGGAUGUGUCGUAAACCUUCCUGACAUUCCUGGUGGGGCCAAAACGUUUGAACUUGUGGCCAAGUUCUGCUAUGGGGUGAAACUUGAACUUACUUCCUCAAAUGUUGUGUACCUCCGCUGUUCUGCGGAGCAUCUUGAAAUGAAAGAGGACUAUGGUGAAGGAAAUUUGAUUGUUCAGACUGAGGCCUUCCUGAAUCAAGUAGUUCUACAAAGUUGGAAAGACUCACUAAAGGCACUGCAAACCUGCAAUGAUGUUCUACGCCAUGCUGAAGAACUUAACAUUACAGAAAGGUGCUUUGAGUCACUGGCCACUAAGGCAUGUACUGACCCAGCUCUAUCUGGGUGGCUUGCCACUGGAGGGAGUGUGUUGUGGAAUGGGAUAAGUACAGGGGCUAGACCAAAUAAUUCAAGUUCAGAUUGGUGGUAUGAUGAUGUAUGUACUUUAAGUUUGCCGCUCUUUAAGAGGUUGAUUUCAGUCAUGGAAACUCGUGGAAUCAAACAGGAGAUUAUUGCUGGGUCCCUCACUUGCUAUGCAAAAAAGUACCUGCCAGGACUGAAUCGGCGUCAGGGAGCCAUUGAGUCCAGUAAUCGACUGGCACCUGUGGCUUUGGGGGCUCCACCAUCAGAAGAAGACCAGAAGCUUUUCCUGGAAGAGAUUGAUAGGCUACUUCCAAUGCAGAAGGGCCUAGUGCCAACUAAAUUCCUAUUUGGUCUACUUCGAACAGCCAUGAUUCUUCGAGUGAAUCCCGCUUGCAUAUCAAGUUUGGAGAAAAGAAUUGGGAUGCAGCUUGAUCAAGCUACACUGGAAGAUCUGUUGAUGCCCAAUUUCUCUUAUUCCAUGGAGACAUUAUACAAUGUUGACUGUGUGCAACGGAUUCUUGACCACUUUCUUGCAAUGGAUCAGAUUUCUGGCGGGACUUCCCCUGGUGCAAUUGAUGAUAGUCAAUUUAUCGGGUCACCUUCGUUGACACCAGUCACGAUGGUAGCCAAGCUAAUUGAUGGGUAUCUUGCAGAGGUUGCCCCUGAUGUUAAUUUGAAGUUCCCCAAAUUUCAGGCUCUUGCUGCCGCAGUUCCUGACUAUGCUAGGCCCUUGGAUGAUGGACUUUAUCGUGCAAUAGACAUUUAUCUGAAGUCACACCCAUGGUUGGUAGAGUCCGAAAGAGAACAACUCUGCAGGCUGAUAGACUGCCAGAAGUUCUCCUUAGAAGCUUGCACCCAUGCUGCACAGAAUGAGAGGCUUCCUCUUAGAAUAGUAGUUCAAGUUCUCUUCUUUGAGCAGCUUCAGCUUAGGACCUCCAUUGCGGGCUGCUUUCUGGUUUCAGAUCAUCUUGAUGGAUCAAGACAGUUAAGAAGUGGACUCGCUGGAUCUAAUGAGGGAGGCUUGGCCACAACUGUGAGGGAGAAUCAGGUUUUGAAGGUGGGGAUGGAUAAUAUGAGAAUGAGAGUAUUUGAGCUUGAGAAGGAAUGCUCAAACAUGAAGCAGGAGAUUGAGAAGUUGGGUCGCACAGAGGGUUCUAGCACGUGGGGAAGUGUUUCAAAGAAAUUUGGGUUUAAGUUGAAGUCUCAGAUGUGCAGUGCUCAAGCUGAAUCUGUUAGCAACCAGAGUAAUGGUAAUGGGAAGGUUGCGAAGUUGAAGGACAGGCAUGGAAAGCACAAGAACAAUUCAUCUCAUAAUGAUUAAACCUUUUCUAAAUUGUUAUUAUUUUGUAGUAUUUCCUCCAUAAGUUCUUAUCAUUUGUAGUUUCACUUUUUUGUUUUUAAGUUAGAAACUGAGAUUCAACCAAGUAUGAGGGAAAAGGAUGGAAAGAAAGUGUAAUUUGUAACUCCUCUCUCUAUUUUUUUGGCUAAAUAUUUGAAUUAGUUCAUUGUUUGCAGAGUA